GGAACUGAGACUGAGGGGGAACCUGUAUAUGAUGAAUUGAUUCACAGGUCGAGGUGGGAGCAGUGAUGAAUGCGUGAGGGAUAUAAUAAAAGAGAUUUGCACAGAUUUCGGUCACAGACUGGAGCUACGGUGGGAAAGACCAAUCACGUGAAUAAACAACACCCAUGCCAUUGGAUAGAGCUGCUCUGGAUUAUUGGCUUUGAAUUAACAAAAUGCAGAAAGCAACAUACUACGAUAACUCUGGACUUUUUGGAGGCUACACCUACCCCAAACCAGACUCUUACAACUAUGGCCCCGCUCAUCAAUCCUACCCUGCUUCUAACAUCGAGAAUGACUACCAGGGCACAGUGUGUCCCAUCCAGACCUCUGCUGUCCGGCCACCAACUCUCAAAGACAGUGACCUGAACGGAGACUGUAUGCGGCAAAGCAGCAGUCAAAGCAACAGCAGCAGCAGCAGCAGCAGCAGCAGCCAGGCAACGAGUAUUGUGGAGCAGCAAGCACCUCCACUGUCCGCAUCCUCUCCCAGCCCCAACAGCUCUGCAUCCCAGAAGAAGAAAUCUCCAUCCGGAAGCGCUUCCAGUUCUACCACAUCAGUCCUCACAAAGCAGAUAUUCCCCUGGAUGAAGGAGAGCCGGCAGAACUCAAAGCAGAAGAGCAACAACUGCACCACUGCAGGUGAGGUGAGUGAUGAAAAGAGCCCACCGGGACCAGCGUCCAAACGGGUCAGAACUGCUUACACCAGCGCACAACUUGUAGAGCUGGAGAAGGAGUUUCACUUUAACCGGUAUCUUUGUCGCCCUCGGAGAGUGGAAAUGGCAAAUCUGUUAAAUCUCACCGAGCGUCAAAUAAAGAUCUGGUUUCAAAACAGGAGGAUGAAAUACAAAAAGGACCAGAAGUCUAAAGGGCUCGCGCACUCUCCCCUGGGACACUCCCCGGAUAGAAGCCCGCCGCUGAGUGGCCCAAAUCACAUUGGAUACUCUGGCCAGCUCCAAAACGUGAACAGCCUCAGCUAUGACGCGCCCUCGCCCCCGUCAUUCGCCAAACCCCAGCAAAGCAUGUACGGUUUGGCCGCGUACACGGCACCCUUGGGUGGUUGCAUCCCGCAACAGAAGAGGUACCCGGGCUCCGAGUACGAACAGCACGGCAUGCAGAGCAACGGCGGCUUUGCCAACGCCAAUUUGCAAGGCAGCCCCGUUUAUGUGGGUGGGAAUUUUGUUGAUUCCAUGCCAGCCUCGGGCCCUAUGUUCAACCUCGGCCAUCUUCCCCACCCCUCAUCCACCAGUGUGGACUACAGCUGUGCCGCUCAGAUCCCAGGAAACCACCAUCAUGGACCCUGUGAUCCCCAUCCCACAUACACAGACCUCACCUCUCACCAAGCGUCUCAGGGAAGGAUUCAGGAAGCGCCUAAACUCACGCAUUUGUAAUAUGUGGUUCCUGUAUGUGUGUGUGUGCGCGCGCGCGUGUGUGCCAAAAUUAUGUUGCGCUCUUUUUAUUACCUCACUAGUCUAAUAACUACAC